UGAACCUACGGCUUUAGCACCGAGUGCGGNGGUGAUUGACGUCAGUAUCGACGGCUCGUGCGCCUCUGGGAUUCGGGGGCCCUGGUCGCCCUUCUCGACACCCCUCCCCCUCCAGAGGGGUCUCAGUAACCUGUCAGCUGCGGACCCCAGCAGGGCCGCGAGCUAUUGGCUGCUUCCAGCGCGAGGUCGCCGAUUUUUGUCUCCCGGACUCUGGACCCCGAAGGGCUCGCGGCGCAGACAGGCAGCAGCGCGCCGCUGUGUUGAAGACUCUGGGAUCCGUCCAGCUCUCGAGAAGCGAGCGGCUCGCCCUGGUCCAGUCCUGCCCGCGAGUGCCGCACCCAUGAGAGCCGGAGGCGAGGCGGGCCGGAGGCUGCGGUCUUGCCUGCUGCUCCUGCAAGCGCUGUCGAGCGCGGCGGACCUGUGCACCUGGAGAGGGAGCGGGCUCGUGCGCGAGCCCCACGCCAGGGCGGUGCAGCAGGUGCUUCUGCGCUGCACGGAGGGCGCCGUGGAGUGGGUGUACCCCCGGCAGGCGCUGCGGGUCGUCCUGCAGCCCAACCUGGCCUCCGCGCGCCCCUACACCGUCUGCGUCAAGCCCUUCCGCGGCUCUCGCGGUGCCAGCAUGCACGUGGAGAGGGCGGGCGAGCUGGAGCUGCUGCUGAGCGAGGGCGCGCGGCCGGCGCGCGCGCACUGCUUCCGCGCGGACGGGCCGCAGCCGCCCGCCAUCUUCCUGCAGGCCAGCCCCCAGAGCGACAUCGGCCGGCGCGCCGUGGGCUUCCAGUACGAGCUGCUGGGCAACCGCAGCUCCGCGCCGGACCUGCAGGACAGCGUCCUGCAAGCUGCGUGCCGCCCCUGCAACAACACCGAGCUGCUCCUGGCCGUCUGCAGCAGUGACUUCGUGGCCAGGGGCUUCAUCCUCAACGUGUCCCACGAUGCCGAGCGCCAGACGUCGCGGGUGGAGGUGGGCGCCAGCCGCGUGUACCGGCAGCGCGGGGGGGUCUUCGUGCCGGGGGACGCCAGGGGGGCCUGGAGGGGCCACGUCCAGACCCUGCUACGCUGCGGGGCGCGGCCGGGGGCCGGCGAGUUCCUCUUCGUGGGCGCCGAGCACUUCGGGGAGGCCUGGCUGGGCUGCGCCCCGCGCUACGGGCACUUCCUGUCGGUGUACGGCGCGGCGCAGAGGCGCCGGGAGAACGCCUGCGAGUUCCCGCUGGACUGAGGAGGGCUCCGACUCGGGGUGCAGGACGGCCUUGGGGUGCCCCUUCUUCUCGCCUGUGGGAGCCGCGCAGCAGGGACCUGACGCCCCCUGAGCCGGCCGCCGUCGCCGGGCCCCGAAGCUGCUCACCGGUGUGUCUGUCGGCCCCGAGGGGCCCGGUCGUCACACUGCUGCUGGACAGACACCGGGUGACCGGCUCUCCCGCCUCCGGCUGUCCGACUUCACAAGCACCUCCGCGGAGUCUCACUCCUGUCCGCCGGCCCGUGUUUCACCGCUGGUUCUGCGGAGCCGAACGGCUGGGUCGACACUGCCGGGGGGGGGGUGGCCUUUGAAAGCUCCCGCAGUGAGUGCAGGCCUGUCCCCUCCUGCCUGCCAGUGAAUCUGCCGGCUCUUCUCUCCCCCCGCCCUCGGGUGACCCCCAGCCAAGUGCAGGUCUGAGCAGCACCUACAGCUGGGACCUCAAGAUGCAAUUGGCAUUCCCAUUUGGGAAGGUAGUAAGAAAUAACUAGCUUUUUUAACCCUUCGUAGUUCUACAAGUUUCCAGAGCGUGUGUGGCCAGAGUCGAGGUGAAACACGAGAGGCACAGCGCUGGGGUUUGGAGAGACUCCGCUCUGCGGUGCAGUUCUCAGGGUGUCCAGCAGGUGGCAGACGGCUGUUUUUUCAAGAACGUUUUUUAGGAAAGUAGAGUCGAGUUUUGUUCCGUCUUCAGUGCUGUGCCCUUAGUGUCUUAAAGACCUUUAGAGAUGCCUUUUACUCUAUUUCUUUAAAGAGAUUCACUCUGCAGCCUCCCUGACGACUAUUCAUGCUUAACCCUUCAGUAAAGAACGUAUUUAGUGCUUAACGGUUGUAUCUAUACAAUGAUAUGCGCAAUUUGGAGUUCCUUUAUCAUUGUAAUUCUGUGGAUUUCUGUGUGUACAUUAUGAAAGGUGAAAACUGAUUAUGAUGUUUAGAAUCUCACUAAAUUAAAUUAUGACUCCGAUACUAACGCCCCUCACACAAUAUAGUGGAAUUCUAUGCAUAGAUGUGUAUUAAUUUAGUAAUGUGGUGAAGUUUUGAGUGCUGUAGGUCUACAGAGGAGGUGUACACAUUGUUUCGACACAGGAUUGUCACAGAGGCACAAGUGAUGUGGUUGAUUUUCUCCCUGCUGCCUGAGAGACGAGAGGAUUGGAGACAAUUUCCUGAGAAAUCUCUGUUCUUCAGCUCAGUAUAGCUGAGUAUAACCUUUUCACUGUUCUCGUUUUAAAAUACUUAUAGAGAUUUGUAUGACACUGCAUUAGAAAACGGCCAAAAAUAAGUGUAUUGUAAAACCUGGCGUUUUUUUACACACCUUAAUGGAUGUUGUGACAUUCUGUAAACUGAUUAGUAAACUAACGACAUGGCUGCAGUAAUUGC